AGGCCGCGCUGAGCUGCUGCUCCCGCGCGCGUCGCGGGCCCUUGGGCUUGAAGGGCCGAGCCGAGGUGCCCGCGGGGACCGGGGGGGCACCGAGCCAGGCUGCUGCCGGCGCAGGAGGAAGGAGGUGGCGGCGGCGGUAGCUGCGCCGCAGCGGGGCCAGGGCGAGCGGGGUGCGUGGAGAAGGGGCCCCAGCGGCCGGGACGCCAGAGCGGCGUGCGGCGCGGCGCGGCCCGGGACCAUGUCCCCCGGGAGCAAGGUGAAGAGCGAGUACAUGAAGCGCUACAAGGACCCGCGGUGGGACAUGUACGGACCCUGCUACCGCGAGCUGCUGCACUACCGCCUGAGCCGCCGGCUGCUGGAGCAGGCGCACAACCCCUGGUUCUGGGAAGACUGGGGCCAGGCCAGCACCUCGGAUGACUCGUCGUCGUCGGGCGGCGGGGGCUCCCCGUGCCCCGCGCCCCAGGAAGCUCCGGCCUCGCCCCCGCCGCCCUCUCCGCCCAGGCCCGCGGCGCAGGAGAGGCGGGAGAGGCCGGAGAGCGGCGCGGCGCCAGAGCCGGAGGCCUUGGGGGGAGAGAUCCGGGACGCCGGCGCCGCGGAUUCCCCGGCAUUAUCAGUGAAAGAAGUAGAAGAAAAGCAUGAACAACAAAUUGAAACAAAAGAAACUGAUAAAUUACCCAACAGUACUGAACCUCGACAACAUCGAAGUGCCUUAUUUGCUAGAGGAAAUAGAAAAGCAGUCAAAAGUCCUCAAAGAUCAUCAAUUAAAAUAAAAGAAAACAAACAUCCAUUUGCUCUUUAUGGAUGGGGAGAAAAACAGACAGAUACAGGAAGCCAAAAAACUCAUAAUGUCUGUGCUUCUGCCCCUGUGCAUGAGAUUCAUGAGUCAGCAUUACGAGCCAAGACCAGAAGACAGGUGGAAAAAAGGAAACUAGUUGCUCAAAGGCAACGUGCUCACUCUGUGAAUGUGGAGAAAAAUAUAAAGGUUAAAUCUUCUUCCUCAGAUAAUCCAUGGAUGACAGAAUACAUGAGAUGCUAUUCAGCAAGAGCUUAAAGAAACAGUUGCUUGGACAUCCUCUUUUAAAAAGUGUAAAAGAAAAAAACAGAACAACCAUCAAAAGAAACUGGACAUGGGUUUAAGAAACCAACUGAUUAUGCAAGGUUUUUCUUAGGGAAUUUCCAAAUGAUUGUCAAAUAUUUUGAUGAAUCUUGGCCACCUACCUCAGCAGUAGGACAGACAGUUGAAGCCAUAGACAUUUGAAGUUAUUUAUGAAGAUGAUUCCCUAAAUCUUUGAUAUUCUUAUAAAGGUUUUGUUUUAAAGCAUCUUAAUCUUUUAAGAUACUGACACCAAAUGCCUUUAAAUGGCUAUGGAUGCUUAACAGAUUUAGUCUUGUUCUGAAUUAACUAUUCAAACUCCAUAGCUAAUAAGAUCAUUCCGUCUUGCAACAUAAGACUCAUUUUCUUUAUGUGCAGUUUUCUUAGUGAAAGAAUUAAUAUCAAAUCACAAAUGAGUUUCAACUGUAGUAUUCAGUCCAUGUAUAAUAAAAUGAGAACUUUGGUUGUUACUGAAAAAUUAAACUUACUUGUAUUUCAGUUUAGCAUCACUUCAUGUUGUAGACCAUGAUAUUUAAGGCUUAUCUGAGCUGAGUAAAGGUCAUCUUUUCUCUUUAAAUUAUCAUCCAGCCACUUAUUUAAUAGUUCAAAUACAUUCCAAUAAACAAAGUACCAGUGUAAUAUAUAUUUAGUGUAGAAGUGAAGUUUUUUUUUUAAGUCAAAGACUGUCACAUUAUUAUUACUAUUUUUUUUCCUAAAUAUUGCAAGAGUGUUUAGAAAACAUAAUGGGGAAUUAAAGCACUUACUGGAGUCUGGCUUCUUGGUGCACACCCACUAUAGACUUUUGCAUCUUGCAUAAUAAUUGGCAAUGACAUUUAGAACUUGCAGUUUGAAAAUUCAUUUAAUUUGUAAAUUGAGAUUAUCUGGCCCACUGAGGAUGCAGGAAGACCAGUAAGAUAUCAAUUAGAGCUGUUGCUCAUCUCCACUUUCUGUUUUCCUGUACCAAACUUAACAAUGAUCAAGUCUGGAUGAUGUAAAAUAUUCAUAAUUUUGGUUGAAAUACAUUACCAUUUGAUUCCUAGUCAGAAGAUCUCAUAUAUGGAAGUUAAUAUGAGAAUGGUGGUGUAUAUAUAAGCACAAAUGUAAGAAUUUAAGUGGAGUAUUCCUUGUCUUUAGUACAUUUGCUUUUUGGAUAGAAAAAUGGUUUUAAAAAAUAAUGGUUUUCAUCAAAGACUAAGGUCUUCUCUAUCUAGUAGAGAUGGAAUCUAUUAGGAGGGUGAGUAUAAAAAUUCUUUAUAAGAUAAGAAAGGUACCUUGCUUAAGCCAACUUAACAGCGCAAGCUGUGUGAAUGAAAAUUUUGUCCAAGACUGAGCAUUUCCUUGAUGUGUUUACUCUGGGUCUUUAAUGUACUAUAUUCAAUUAUUAGAAUUGGUUUUAUUCCACAUAAGUUCUUCACACACUGUACUAAGCUCUGAAAGAUCAUACUAAAGAAUCGUAAGCGUUUUGUUUAUAAAAUUUUUACUCUAUUUGCAUAGUUUUGAGGUGAAUUCUUGUACAUGGAGAGUUCUCCUGAUCAUUGAGGUGUGAGGAAAUCUUAAUUCUACAUGUGGUCCAAAACAACCUCGCUAGUAAUUUUGGUAAAUUUUGGUGUUACUAUUUUAAACACUGCAGGUACCAAAAGAUCAAAUUAAAAUGCAAUGUGCAAUGGUGUAGCUGACUGUGAAAACUGUUGCUUUUAAAACCACUUCUUGCAUGUUAGGUUUUAGCCAACAAGCUCAAGCUUUUCAUGUUGCAUCUGACAAUCUUAGGAUAGAUGGCCUCAAGGAGUAAUUCAGACUCCACAUUGAUGGGCUGCCUUAGAAACCUGAUUUUCUCUUGGGCUUUGAACAAGCUGGUCUUUCUCUAGUUUAAAAAACAAGACUCAUGUGCUUACUACUGAAAACUCCAGAUACUGAUAAGACCUAGAAGGCAAAUACUGACAUUUGUUCCCCAUUCUUUUUAAGUAGAGGACAAAUGAACAAGAUUUUUAAAGUACUUUUGAGGUGCAUGAGUAACAAAUGAAGCAAUAUGAAUUAACUGUGAGUCCCCUUCCAAUGUCUAAGUCCUUUUGAACCUAUAAAAACUUUUUAAGUUGUAAUAAUUCUAUGGUCCUACUUUCUUCUUUACAUCCUAGAAACUAAUGUGUUUAUAAUCAUGUUCUUAAUUCUUGGGACAAAUUGCAAGACAGUGAGAUAGCUAAAAUGAUCUUUCAUGUUGAAAAGUUUCAAACUGAGAAUACAAUGAUAUUUAAAGUAUAGAAUAAAAUAAUUGCUAUAUAAGACUCUUUAACAUUUUGGUUUUGAGUUCUUAAUUAAAAGAAUUCCCAUAAACAUGCCUUUGUUUAUUAUUUUUCUUUUAACAUGGCAAGCAACAGUAAAAUUCUGAAGUAAUAACUUCUAGCCUUCUGUUGGACUGAAGUCAAUCAGAAGUAAAUAGGAGUCUAUCCUUUUUCUCUUUUAAAACCUAAAAGACUGCUCUUAUUUAGGAGGUGUCAAAAUACUUGGAAUCUUGAAAUACAUGUAUCCUUCCUUUCCCCCAUAAAAUUUCUAAGCACAUUUAUACAUUUUUAAAGUUUACUGAAAGGUCAUCAGGCCUAUCUCAGCUAACCAAAUUUCAAGAGAGCAAGCAAAGUGGCUACUGAGUUACUGAUGUCAUAAUUUUCAAAAAAGCAUUCUGCACAUUUUUCAGGUUUUAAAAACAUUAUAACUAUAUUUCUGUGCCCCUUCAGGUAUACAUUUCCUGAAUGAGUAUGUACUGGAAGCAAAGUCACAUUUCUUUUCUUCAGUAAAAAAUGUAAUUUAAUGGACAGUUUUGUAUUUCACUAAACUGGAUAUAAAAUAGUGCUUAGAAUAUUUAUAUAGCCUGAUUCUACAGUGUGUACAAUAGGAUGAAUAGGGAGUUAUUCAGUGUAAGGGUAUGCUUAAUACCAAACCCUAUACAAGGAACUAUGUUUAAAUUUUUGGUCCAAAUUAGGCCCUUCAAAGGCCUGCCUAGUGUGAGAUGGAAAAAAAACUCAAUACUUUUUUCCAUUCUGAAAUUCAGGACACCUGAAUGAAGACAUUAGAGGGAUCUUUUUGGAUUUAUUAGCAAAACUGUAUAGACUGAAAAAUCUUGCAUUGUUAAUGUUUGUUUUGAGCACUGCAUUCACUUUAAAAUUCUGAAGGAAUAAAAGCUUGCCACAUAUACUCACAAAGCUCUGACAAUGAGAAUUUUGAGUUGUAUUUUCUAACAAAUAUGUAUUGUUUUUAGAUUACUUAGUAUUGCAUUUGCUUAAAAAUAUGAAUAAAGUUAAUAUUAUAGGUU